AUGUCUGCCAUCCGUGCCCUCCGCCACAUCUCGCUCUCCUCCAGCCGUGCCUUCGCUGUGCACGGCGCCGCGCGCGCUGUGUCGCGCGCCGCUCUCCCCGUCUUCGCUGCUCGUGCCGGUCCGGUUGCGUCAAGGGCGUUCUCGGUGUCUGCGCGCAGGUUUGGCGAGGCUGACGUCGCGCUGUCGCAGAAGCUCGGGGAGGAGUUGCAGUACGAGAAGGACAGCGCUGCCGAGGCCGAGCCUGAUUUCUUGCGCGCGUUCAAGGCGAAGGGUGUCUGGGAGAUCGAGGACACCGCCGGGAAUGACGAGGUUGCGCUGAGGCGGAAGUUUGGUAACGAGACCAUCCGGCUGAUGUUCUCGAUUGCGGACAUUCAGAACGAGCAGGAAUCCGAGUUCGAGCAGGGUGAGGAGGGUGAGCAAACGCCAGAAGAGCAGCCCAUCCACUCCUACCCCAUUCGCUGCUCCAUCUCCAUCACAAAGGCGGGUGCGGACGGUGCGGUCAACGUCGACGCGCUCUGCCAGGAGGGCGCGUUCCUGGUCGACAACAUCUCCUUCUAUAAGGACGCUGCUGUCGGCACGGAGCUGACGGCGGAGGCGGACUGGAAGCGUCGCGGCCUGUACAUCGGCCCACAAUUCGACACGCUCGAUGUCACCGUGCAGGAGGAGUUCGAGCACUGGCUGCGGGAGCGCGGUAUUGACGAGGAGCUGUCCACGUUCAUCCCGGAGUAUUCUGAGUUCAAAGAGCAGAAGGAGUAUGUCGGCUGGCUGCAGCACGUCAAGAAGUUCAUCGAGGCAUAGAUGCGCUGCUUCUGCGUACUGCGUGCAACUCGGCUGGGUUGCUCACACAAAAGUUGAUGCAGUGUCUGUGCUGCAGUCCUUACCUACACGACCGUCCUAAUCGCAAUGUGUCACUAAUAAUGCACUUCCCACUCAUGCAUAUGCGUUUCUUUCCGGCUGCCCGUUCGCCCAUGACAGGGUCACAUUCGUGUCAAUGUCAUCCCGCAAGAGGUUUCGAUUAGGUAAGCAACCAAGUCGGGAGGAGGAGGAGGAGGAGGGGAUUCCAUUUAGUCCUCACGUCUGCGUGCCAUAAGGCUCGCCACGUGUGACAACGCUCUCUAUUUACAUGACAACCCCCAUACUCCAUAGACCCGUGUACACUACUUCCCGAUCGGGAUAUCCAGCACCUACUAUCGCACGAUUGCAAUACUACUCGAUAAUUCACAAACACCCCGGCUCAUCUGCCUUGCAGCAUGGCAGGAUCCAUGGCUAAAACCUGGUAGGAAAAAGC